AUGGAGUAUGCGGACGGAGGGGACUUGGCAAGCUUGAUCAGGCAGAAGAAGGACGACGAGGAAACGUUCUCGGAGGACGAGGCCAUGACCAUCUUCGCACAGUGCCUGUCGGCGCUCCAGUUCAUCCACUCCAAGCGGAUCCUUCACCGCGAUAUCAAGUCGCAGAACAUCUUUAUGAUGGCCGCUGGCGAGGCAAAGAUAGGCGAUUUUGGCAUUUCGAAAGUCAUCGAGACGACCACGGCGGCCCAGGGCACCGUGGUUGGCACGCCAUCCUACUUUGCACCGGAGAUCUGUGAGGACAAGCCGUAUGGGCCCAAGAUCGAUGUGUGGUCCAUGGGCGUGGUACUCUACGAGAUGCUCGCGCUUGUGCAGCCGUUUACGGCCUCGAACGUCGCGGCACUGAUCAUGAAGAUCGUGAAUGCCGAGCCGGCCCCGCUUCCAGACUCUUGCCGGGCAGAAGUUCGCGAU